AUGGUAGAAACCGACCCCAAUAAUAAUAUUUUAAAUGAAGAGGAUUAUGCAUGGUUUCAGUCUGUAGUACGCGAAGAAAACGCAAAUUCAAACGAAAAAAUUGAGCAUCCCAUCAAUCAAGGUGUAAGCAUCGAAUCCGUCAAUCAAAGCAUACCCUUUUCUCAAAUCUUAGAUAUAUUAGGAAGUCAUGUUUCAGAAUUAAACAAUACAAUUGAACGUAUUACCAACGAAC